CUACAGAUGGCUCACCACAAUAGAAAACGGCGGCAGUAGCAUAGAACCAUGGCGCUCGCAGGCCAGACCUUGCUUGACGCUCAGCUUGACCUCUGGCAAAACACAUUUGCCUUUGUCAAGUCCAUGGCCCUCAAAUCUGCCCUAGACCUCCGCAUCGCCGAGACCAUCCAACACCAUGGAGGCGGCGCAACCCUCUCCCAAAUAGCCACCAGAGCUAUGGUCCCUCCGGCCAAGAUUCCCUGCUUGAGCCGCCUCAUGCGUGUGCUCACGGCCACUGGUGUCUUCAGUGCCCAACAGGCACCAUCGGGCAUCAGAAGCUGCGAGCAGCUCCUGUACACGCUCACACCAAUGUCCCGCCUCCUUGUCGGCUCACGGAACCAGGUACCCAUCACCGCCAUGCUACUCCAAUCGACCUUGGUCUCCUCCUUGUUUGAGCUUGGUGGGUGGCUCCGGCGUGAACGGCCCGAACCAUGCAUGUUCCAGCUGAGGAACGAUCACACUCUUUGGGAGCUAGCCGACCGUGACCCAGCAUUCAACGCGCUCUUCAAUAGCGGGAUGGAAUCGGACACUGAAUUCAUCAUGGACAUUGUUGUCAAUGAGUUCGGGGAGGUGUUCCAUGGGAUAGACUCGUUGAUCGACGUUGGUGGGGGACAUGGCGCCGCGGCACAUGCCAUCGUGAAGGCGUUCCCACAUCUGAAAUGCAGUGUGCUAGACCUUGGCCAUGUUGUUGCAGAUGCUCCCAACGACACCAACGUGCACUACAUCGCUGGCGACAUGUUUGAGACUGUGCCACCAGCAAGCGUGAUAUUUCUCAAGUGGGUCUUGCAUGACUGGAACGAUGAAGAAUGUGUCAAGAUAUUGAAGAACUGCAAAAAAGCUAUUCCUCCAAGAGACGAAGGAGGAAAGGUGGUAAUCAUAGAUAUUGUGAUUGGCGCAGGACAGUCUGACAAGAAGCAGAAAGAGAUGCAGGUGGUCUUUGAUCUGUUCAUCAUGUUCAUCAACGGCACCGAGAGAGAUGAGAACCAGUGGAAGAAGAUCUUCUUCGAAGCAGGAUUCUGUGACUACAAGAUAACACCGGUUCUGGGCGUUCGGUCACUCAUCGAGGUCUACCCAUGACGUCCAUGCAAUAUAUCAACAUCCUUCCCAAUACCAUGGUGAACCAGAUCAGAACUUAUGUGGGGUUGUGGAUUUGCAGUGCUAAAUAAGUUUGCGUGUUGGCAGACAGUAGUGCUUAUGUGUGUGUAUAUUUCCCUUUAAUUGAGCAACGAGGAGUGCGCGUCUACCACGUACGUUCCAUGGAAUGCGGUAUCUGCCAGAUUUAGCAGAUGAGAUUAGCAUAUGCUUCAUUAGACGUGGCAGGUGUUUGCGGCGCCCUUGAUCUGCUCUCUCGGUGCCUUCCUUGAGUCAGCGAUAGCACAGUGCAAUAGCAGUUAUUUAUAUGUCACAUUUCCAGGAGAAAUUACUUGGCACAUUCUAUAUAUAAUGUCCAUAAACUUGUUUUGAGUC